CCGGCGGAAGUAAGGACAGAAACAGCGCUAGCCUCCUAGCAGCGCUAGCUUCACUGUGGUGUUGAUCCAAGUGGAAGAUGGUUAGUUGUUCUGUUCCAUGUGAAUCUUUGAGUGGUUUCAGGAACAAUGUCUUCAGUUCAGCAUCUCAGAGAGUUUAUCGGCGAGCGGCGAAGUUCAGAAAAACUACCCGGAUGUAAAGAAACGAUCGUCCAGAGUGAAGAAGACACAGAUCGUCAGCACAGACUGCUGCACAUCAGCUGGAAGCCUCCAACAACCUUCAACACAACAGACCAACAGCAACAAGUCCAUAAAGAAGAGGAGGAACCAGAACCUCCACAGAUUAAAGAGGAACAGGAGGAACUCUGCAUCAGUCAAGAGGGAGAGCAGCUGGUUCUGAAGCAGCGGACUGGUACCUUCAUAGAGACUUGUGAGGAAAGUGACCUCAGAGAACCAGAACCAAACAGCCACCAGCUCCUCGCUCACGUCUCUCCUGUAGCUGAGAGUCCAAAUCUGAAAGAAAGCAACCAAGUGUGCAGGUCUUCUGGGUCCAACACUGCAUCAGAGCGCCACUUCUGCCCCGGUGCACCAGAGGAUAGACCCGUGAACACGAUGCUGAUCCUCCCAGCUGCUGCUCUGUGCUGUCUGUGUUCAGCGCUGGUUGCCAUGGCAGCAGAGCUGGUUCAGGACAUGACACUGACCAGGAGAACUCAGAGGAUCAGCGAAGUCCUGGUGGUUCCUCCUCAGGGGAACAUCUGA